CGUCAGUGUGCGCAACGCAACCCAUCCGACGAUUCGUCUGGGUUAUUGCGGCUCGCCGCUAUUGGGGCCUCCGAUCUCGGUCGCGACAGGUUGGUUCACCCCCGUCCGUCAAUUCGCGAAUAAACUGGGUUGAAAAUCACUCGGGACACGGGACGCGACUGCCGAAAUAAGGGUAGAGGAGGCCGAACAUCAUCGAGAGGAGCAGCUCUCGCAGGAGCGAGAAUUUCCACGGGAAAUAAGAGUGUAGUAAAUCGUAUUAAACCGGAGAAACACAGAUCCGUAUUCUGCGCUCGUCGACCGUAUCCGUAACACGCUCGCACGCAGGCACAAAGUAUUUCUUUCCCCUUGUAAAAGCAACGCGUAUAGAAAAAUAAAUCGUUCCACAAAUUUCGAAGUAUUAAUCGAUCGAUCGAUCAAGUCAUGGCGUUUCUGAGAUCGGUGCCGGGGUGUUGUGCUAAAUCAAAGUUCGGGAGGAAACUACCGCUCCUUCCUGUGACCAUUUUAGAAAAUGUAACCCGUCCUGCCGCCGCCGCUGCAGCUGUACAGCUUUCCCAGGUUGCCGGAAAGAGCGAUUAUGACAGCGUUGCUGCCGCGAGGACUUCAGGAGCUGGCUCCUUGGCGACAGGCGGUGGAGGCGGCGGAGGCGGCGGCGGCGGAGGCGGUGAUUCAACGGCUAAACCUGUUCCGAGGCAAAUAGAUCCCCUCGAUUUAAAAUUCAACGACCCCGUUGCCUCCUUCAAGAGCAAAACCACCGGGGAAUUAAUGAGGGCCUACAUCGUCUACCAGCUAUGUACAAUGGAAUUCAUCGUCGAAAACAACAUGAAGUUGAUGAAAGUUGCCAAUACAGUGCUGGGUGACAAGUUAUUUGCAGCGUUGAUGAAGUCUACCUUCUAUGGUCACUUUGUGGCAGGAGAAGAUGAACAAAAAAUCCGUCCAGUUCUGGACAGACUGAGACAGUUUGGCGUUAAACCAAUUCUCGACUAUUCCGUAGAAGAGGAUCUUUCUCAGGAGGAAGCGGAACGGCGCGAAGUUCAGGCUUCGGUAUCCGAGGCUGGAGACGAGACACGGGAAGGUACAAUCAAGAAGUAUCAUGUGGAGAAAUCCUUUGCUGAUCGGCGAUACAAAGUCGCGUCUGCGAGGACUUACUUUUACCUAAACGAAGCCUCUUGUGAACGGAACAUGGAUGUCUUUGUUAGAUGUUUGGAGGCUGUUGCUGGUGCCUCGAUGGGAGUUGGUAUCACGGCUGUCAAAUUGACGGCUCUUGGUCGCCCUCAACUUCUGCUCCAACUUUCUGAGGUGAUAAUGCGGGCGCGUCAAUAUAUGUCUGAUGUUGUUGGAGGUGAAGGUGCUGUCUUGGCACAUCACGCCAAACCUGACGACUUCAAGAGGAAAUUUGAAGAGGCGCAUAUUAGAGACGAAGCACCCGUACAAAAAUUUCUUGAAAAAAUUCAAGCAGAUAAGGAAGGAAAUGUCAUUCACUUAUUCCCAUGGAGCGGUAUUUUGGAUGAAAACUACGAACUGAGCGAGACGUUCCAAGUUCCAGACAUAAAGACUGGGAAAAUGGUCAAGUUAAUGACUCAGCUCACGCCUAAGGAAGAAGAGAUGUUCAGGAAUAUGAUUCGGAGACUCAACAAUAUCGUUUCAGUUGCCGAGAAGUUGGAUGUUCGCAUAAUGAUUGACGCUGAACAGACUUAUUUCCAGCCGGCGAUAUCUCGGCUCACUCUGGAAAUGAUGCGCAAGUACAAUACGAAAAAGGCCGUGGUGUUCAACACAUACCAGACAUAUCUGCAAGAGGCCUUUAACGAAGUCAAGACUGAUCUUGAACAAGCAGAACGGCAAAAUUUCUAUUUCGGCGCUAAGCUCGUACGAGGAGCUUAUAUCGAGCAGGAACGAGCCAGAGCAGCUGCGAUGGGUUACCCAGACCCGACGAAUCCUACGUUUGAAGCUACAACCGAAUCUUAUCACAAGACAUUCAUGGAAUGCUUACGGAGGAUGAAACAAUAUAAAGACAAAGGAGAAGAUCCUAGAAAAAUCGGUAUCAUGGUCGCUUCCCACAACGAGAAUACCGUGCGAUUUGCUAUUGAAAAAAUGAAGGAAAUUGGAAUAUCACCUGAGGACAAAGUCAUCUGCUUCGGACAGCUGCUUGGAAUGUGCGAUUACUUGACUUUCCCUCUUGGUCAAUCCGGCUAUUCAGUAUACAAAUAUAUCCCGUACGGACCUGUGAAGGAAGUGCUGCCAUACUUGUCACGGCGAGCCCAGGAGAACAAAGGGGUGCUGACUAAAAUAAAGAAGGAGAAGCGUCUUUUAGCAACCGAAAUUCGUAGGCGUUUGUUACGCGGACAAUUGUUUUACAAACCCAAAGGAAACUACACCCCUGUUUGAGUCACUGUCAUCUCAAGCAUCGCCCAAAUUCAUUUCAAGUACGAACUUGACGUAGUGAUUGUACGUUGUUGAUCCUUCUCACAUGCUACGAGACUACAGAUAUUAUAUUAUAAAACCAACUGGUGGAUUUGUGACGUUUGAGAAUAAGUGAGUGUGAAAAUCGGUAUGAUAGGUUAUCUGUAUGGUGGGUUUCUUGUCUAAUUAACAAAACGAAUGCCCGACAGUGCAGUCAUUCAAGCCAACCGUCAAACCCUGCCUUAGUUUGAAAUUACCCGUUACCAUCGCUGCAUCUAGAAAUCACACGACUUGUCCAUGUUCCUUAAUCAGAUUUUGUCCCCGAUUUAUUUCACCCUCUAAGGUGUAAUCGUAAUUAUGAAUUCAAUGUGAGUUGCAAUGGAACGAUUAUUCAAGAUCAAGACAAUGCAGAGUGACUUAACUAUUUUUGGCGUUAACCAAUUUCGCGUGCACACAGUUGUUUUCAUAUGAUUGUUUUUACCGAACUCCAAACAUCAUACGUACUAUACACGUCUGAAAUCCUAAACGAUAUAUUUUUUAUUUCAUAUUUUUGCGGGAAAUCGUUUCCAUCUUUGUUGUCACAAUUGAAAAGUAUGUUGACAACUUGAUUAAAAUUUAGUUUCACAUGGCGGUGGAUAAGUUUCACAUCAUCUUUAGCAAGUGAUUACAAUAGAUAUUUACACAGUAAGCUGUUUCACAAAGUUCAUAUACUGUAUGAAAAUAAAUUCAUGUAACACAUAGUAUGACAGUAAUAACUGUGGAGGCAGAGUUUGAUGAGUGGUAAUUUUGUGUAAGAGUAUGUAGUACCUAACAGAUUCCAGGUUACUGAGAGUUGUUAUGUUGUAAGAUGUUGGGAAAGUUGUGUUUGAGACACACCUACUAUUAGGCAUCAUGUAUUGGCUGCAUAUAGACGAAUAUAAUAAAUACAAGAAAUAAGUUAUUUACAAAAUUGGAGUGGUGCCAUAGUGAGAAAUUAAUUUCGACAUGUACAUAGAAUAUUAUGAACAUAAAUAUACAUAUAUGAUAUAUAUGUAUAUACUUAUACAAAGAGAGAUAAAAUUUAAUACGAAUUUAUUGAAUUUGCAAAUUGACACUUAUAAUUAAAAUUCGAAGACGUAACGUGGUAUUAUUUACGUGGAGAAAGCAGUUUACAUCAUUUGAUUAUUAUUGGAGGAACGAUGAAUUUUGAUUAUUAUUUAUAAUAUUUUUCCAUUACUAUGAUAUUUUUCAAUCUUAAUUGAGAUGUGUAAUAUAUUUUGUACGUCAAUGGUGUAAAUUAUGAUUUUUAAUCCAAAACUGGUUGCUAUGUCUUUACCUAUAUUUUUAUGCGUAUCAAAUUCAGUUGUACCUUUUCAAUAUUGUCGCCAAUUUUAAGUUUGUACCGGUUUAUUAAUGGAUUAUAAGCCGUGACAAGAUCAUGUCUGCUGUUAUUGAUGUAUUUUAAGUGUAAUUAAUGACUUGUUGUGAAAGCGGUGAGAUUUAUUGAUAUUGUAAUAUUUAUUUUAAAAUAUUAGGUAUAAUUAUGUCAAUUCUCGCAACCUAUUUUGGGCUAAAAAUCAUCCCUCUGUAAUGCGUAUAAUAUUAUAAACGUAUCAUGAGAAAAAAAUAUGACCAUGCGGUUUGUGGUACAAAAAUUAAAAUGACGAAAGAAAUAAAUAACGUUUGCUUGACAAAGAAAACAACCAUGAGCUUAAUAGAAAAAAAAAAUUUUUGGAAAUUAGAUCUGUAAAAUUUCUUCAAAACCCUUACAAUAUAUUCGUUGAUUUUACCGUAUUUAUUCUAGCAUGUCGAUGGAACAAUAAAACAAAUUAAAAUCCGA